AGGUCGACCCCAGUGGCUUCGGGCGAGCCGACCCCUCUGGCUUCCGGCAGGCUGACCAGUCCAGUUCCGCUGCCUUAGCACCGGGCCCGCCCUCGGCGAGCGCCACGGGCAUCCUGGCUGGGGCGGCGGGGCUGACCGCGCCCGCCGAGGCGCGAGAGAUGCUGCAGAAGUACCUGGGGAUGCUCGCCGCCGCCGGUGCGGCGGGUGGGGCUGGACCUGUGGCGCCCCCUCACGGCGUUCUUGGCCCCGCCGCGGCCUCCGCCCCAACUGCGCCCCCAGUGCCUUCGGCGGCCGACCCCACCGAGAUGAAUGUGGCAGCGGCCGCGCGCAAGGAGCCCGUGCAGGAGGCUCUGCCGAGGCAGCUGGAGCCAGCACCGCAGGGGCAGCUGCAGCAAGCAGAGGGGGCGGAGCACCAGGGGCACCCCAGCCCGCCUCGACAGCAGACGCAGCCGUCCCCGCCGCUUCAGCAGCAGCUGCGGGAGCAGCAGGAGCUGCUGCAGCAGCAGCUGUCGCAGCUGCAGCUGGCGCAGCUGCAGCAGCCUCCGGGCUCACAGCAGCACACGCAGCUGCAGCAGCAGCGGCUACUCUUGCUGCAGCAACUGCAGCGGCUGCAGCAGCUGCAGCAGCAGCAGCUGCAGCAGCAGCUGCCUCGGCACGUAGCGGCGCAGCAGCACCUGGACCAGCACCGGCAGCACCAGGACUGGCCACCUCAGCUUUACCGCCCAGUGUCCGGAGAGCAGGUGCCCGCGCCCACCGGCCCCAGAGCUUCCCUGGACCACCAGACGCCCUCGCUGUCCGCCGCCGGUA